CUUUGAAUCAAUUUUUGCAAGAAAAUAUAGGAGAAUGAAAUAUAUUUAAACACAACACAUAGUUGUGAAUUAAAAUCGUUUUGGUGUGUGUGACCGGCAAAACCAUAUUUUGAUCUAGAAAAUCAGGAAUUCAGAGAUGGUGGGAAGAAGGGCAACAGAGAAGACUGAGGUUCAAGACGACGAUAACAGAGGUAAAAGCAAGAAGACUAAAGUUCUCAAUGAAACUGAAGAACGCAGAACAGACGAACAACAUAAUUAUCAUAGUGAGGAUGAUCAAGAAUUCGAAGAAGGCGAUGGAGCGCAGCCAAUUGGCGAGGUUCUUAGGGUUUCUAACGAUGGAGUUGAGAAAAAGAAGCAUUUUAAGGCGUUCGAAUUCGAUAGAAACCGUUUUGAACUUGAGGAUACUGUACUUGUGGCUCCAGAAGAAGGGAAAGUAAAGCCUUCUGUCACAAUCAUCAAGGACAUUUUCCAAACUGAAGGUGGGAGUUUGAUGGUAUGUACUCAGCGAUUUUAUCGUCCUGAAGAGGCUAAGAAUAAGGCAGGUGGAACUUGGGAGUCGCGUGACGCAAGGGAGCUUUUCUACAGUUAUCACCUGGAUGAAGUCCCUGCUAACGCUGUGAUGCACAAGUGCAUGAUACAUUGUGUGCCUCUUCACAAACCUUUGCUUGACCGUAGACAACACCCAGGUUUUAUAGUUCGCAAGUUUUAUGACUAUGUGGAGCAGCAAGUUCAAAAUCUCACUGACAAAGAAUGUAAAUAUGUCUUACCUGAUCAGCAUCUGCCUAAAGAGUAGUACAAAGCUACAUAUGUAAGGUCAGCUCUUGCCAAAAACGUAGGUCACAACUCACAACUCACAUAAAUACAUGUACUUCGUUUCAUAAGACUCGCUACACUUUCCAUUAUGGGAAGUUUCACAUUACUUGUUACACUUCCUUUUUGGGCAAUAAACUAUCUAUCUCUCUCCUCUCACAUGGGUCCCUUUUCUGUUUACUCUCUACCUCUCUCUUCUCCAAAAAUUACUUAGGAGUCGGUGAAUUGAGAAGUGUAGCGAGUAUAAUGAAAUGGAGGAAGUAUAUAGGUUUUCUUUUUUGCAAUACAAACCUUGGGACCUGGUUAUGGUAAACUGGUCAGCUUCACUUCUUAAAGCCAUGCUGCCAUACUUAGAAAAUUUGUUUCUAUUCACAAUAAUAAUUGUUAUUCUUUUAUCUACUCAAUUCACAUCUAUAUCUAUUAUCAGUUCUGCCA